CUUCGCGUGCGGCUGCCUGCCCACCCGCUUUAGUUUCAGGCGUCUUUUAAACCUCACUCCAUCGUAGCCUUUGCCAGGACGACCCAGAGCUAAUUGCCAUGGAUUGAGUUGACGUCUCGUCCAUCCCCUCCUCAUAGCUGUACUGGCCACACGAGGUCUUUCUGCCACUCGCUGUGCUAGACUCGCAUCAAAUCUGGCCUCCCGCUCUUGCCGAUCUCAUUAUCGCUUUUUAUAGGCAGCGACACAAUGCCGGCCGAUAUCCGCUCCUUUUUCGGGGCAAAGGGUGGUGCCGCCCCCGCCAAGCCAGCCCCGAAGAAGGACGAUGCAUCCGCAAAGAAGGGUGGCGCUGCUCGAGGGAAAAGCCGCAAGGUGCUGGACGAUAGCGACGAGGAAGAGCCCGCACCGGCAAAACCCGCUACCAGGAGCACCCCGAGAAAGAAAGCUGGUGCUGCCGAGCCCGUGAAGGGCGUUGCUAUCUCGGCGAGUGAUUAUUUUGCAUCCUCGGCUUCUGGCGACAAGAAGGCCCAGCCAACGCCCAAGGCAGCCUCCAAGAUUAAGUCCGAGAUCGAAAUCCGCAUCAGCCCGCGAACCAAGGAGAAGACGACUGCAGACCCGACCCCCGAUGUGGCCCCCAAGACAACCAAGAAAGCGCCGGCUUCCAAGAAGCCUGUGACCUCCUACAAGAAGCACGAUUCUGAUGACGCCUUUAUGGACGAUGACGACGGGGGCGGCGACGAUGAUAUAUUCGCUGCCGAUGUCAGGGGCCGCAACAAACGGAAGAACGAAGAGUACGUCGAGGACGACAGCGAAGAUGAGCACCUGCCACAACCAAAGAGGAUUGCCUCUCGUGUCAGAGGCGCAAGGAAAGGUGCUGUGAAGGACGAGUCGGAAGAAGAAGUAGACGUCAAGCCCUCGCGGGCUACCACGAAGGGCAAGGCUUCGGCCGCGGGAAGGAAGCGGAAGUCUCCAGAAUCCGACUCCGAGGACGAGGAAGAAGAGGACGUUAAACCCCGCAAGAAGCCGGCCGCCAAGCCUCGGGCCGCGCCAAAAGCCAAGGCUGCAGAUGCCGAAGACCCUGGGAUCAGGGCCAUUUUGGACAAUGUUCCCACGGUUCGGCCUCCCACACCCCCGCCUAAAGAUCCAAACGCCAAGUUCGAUUGGAGGAAGGCAGCAGCCGGCGGAGGGAACUCGGGUCCUCCUCCCGAUGCCGGCGCAAUUGAUCUGCCCGAGGGCGAGGAGGAUUGCCUCAGCGGGCUCACGUUUGUCUUCACCGGUCUCCUCAAGACCCUUAGCAGAGAGGAGGGACAGGCGCUGGUGAAGCGUUAUGGCGGGAAAGUCACGGGCGCCCCCAGCGGCAAGACGAGCUUCGUCGUGCUCGGUGACGAUGCCGGGCCCAGCAAGCUCGCCAAGAUCAAGCAUCAUGGGAUCAAAACGAUUGACGAAGUUGGUCUUUUCCACCUGAUCAAGACACUCCCCGCCCAGGGCGGCAGCGGCAAGGGGGCGGAGAAGGCACGCCAGAAGCGUGAGGAGCAAGAGGAGCAGGUGAAGAAGGCGGCUGCCGAGAUGGAGGCCGAGGAGAAGGCGCGCAAGGCAGAGGCUGAAAAGGCCGCAAAAGCCCGACAGGCCGCGGGGUCUAGAGGUUCUGUCGUGCCGCCGCCACCGGCGCCAAACUCGCAGCUGUGGACUAGCAAGUACGCUCCGACGCAGAUCAGCCACAUCUGUGGAAACAAGGCGCAGGUCGACAGGAUCAAGGCGUGGCUUGAGAACUGGCCCAAAUCACGAAAGUACGACUUCAAGAAGCGCGGCGCCGAUGGGAUGGGUGGCGAACGGGCCAUCAUCAUCUCGGGCCCUCCCGGCAUCGGCAAGACAACGGCUGCGCACAUGGCAGCGCGGCUCGCAGGCUAUGACGUUAUCGAGAGCAACGCCAGUGAUACUCGAAGUAAAAAGCUUGUCGAGAACGGGGUUAGCGACGUGAUCAACAAUACGUCCCUGCUCGGCUUCUUUUCUGGCGAGGGCAAGAAGGUUGAUGAGACCAAGAAAAACAUUGUGCUGAUCAUGGACGAGGUGGACGGCAUGUCUGCCGGCGACCGUGGAGGAGUCGGGGCGUUGGCCAAGUUCUGCAAGAAGUCCGAGGUGCCGCUGAUUCUCAUCUGCAAUGAGCGUCGGCUGCCCAAGAUGAAACCGUUUGACCACGCAGCCUUCGAUAUCCGAUUCAACCGACCGACGGUCGAGCAGAUCCGCUCGCGCAUCAUGACCAUCUGCCACAGGGAGGGCCUGGGCAAGAUGCCGGCGCAGGUCAUCGAUGCCCUCAUCGAGGGCUGCAACAAGGACAUCCGCCAGAUCAUCAACAUGCUGCACUCGAUCAAGCUCGACGGCGCCGCGCUCAACUACGACCAGACCAAGACCAUGACCAAGGCCUGGGAGAAGCACGUCAUCCUGAAGCCCUGGGACAUUUGCCAGAAGAUGCUCGGCGGCGGGCUGUUCUCCCCCGCCAGCAAGUCCACGCUGAAUGACAAGAUCGAGCUUUACUUCAACGACCACGAGUUCAGCUACCUGAUGAUCCAGGAGAACUACCUCGGCACCAGGCCACACCUGCUCAACGGAAAAAACUUCGGCAGCAAAAGGCAGGAGAACCUCAAGUACCUUGAGCUUGUGGAGCAGGCGUCGGAGAGCAUCAGCGACGGCGACCUGGUCGACCGCAUGAUCCACGGCCCGCAGCAGCAGUGGUCGCUUAUGCCCACGCACGCUGUCUUCAGCUCCGUCAGGCCGGCCAGUUAUGUGUCGGGCCAGCUGAUGGGUUCCAGCUUCACGGCAUGGCUCGGCAUGAACAGCAAGACGGGCAAGCUCGGGCGAUUUGUGCGCGAGAUCCACUCGCACAUGAGACUCAAGUCGUCAGGCGACCACAACGAGAUCCGGCAGCAAUACCUCCCCGUCCUCUGGGAUCAGCUUAUCAAGCGCCUUGCUGACGAAGGCAAGGAUGCGGUCGAGGACGUCAUCGAGCUCAUGGAUAGUUACUACCUGACCCGCGAUGACUUUGACGCGAUCAAGGAGUUGGGUGUCGGCUACCAAGACGAGUCCAAGGCUAGCAUCGAAACGCAGACGAAGGCAGCUUUCACUCGAACGUAUAACUCGAUGUCUCAUCCUAUUCCGUUCAUGAAGGCAAGCAACGUCACGGCGCCCAAGGCGGCAGCCAAGGAUGUGCCAGACCUGGAGGAGGCCAUCGAGGAUGACGACGAUGCUGCAGUUGUUGCGGAACCUGCGGAGGCUGAAGACGAGGACGAUAUCAAGAAGGACAAGUACAUCAAGCAGCCGAAAGCAAAGGCGAAGAAGGCAGCAGCCGCGUCCAGCAAAAAGACUACCAAGAAGUCGGCGGCGGCAGCGGAUGAUUUCAUCGAUGACGACGAUGACGAUGAGGCAAAGUCUGCGCGGGGGAAGGGUAGGCCGAAGGGAACAGGGGCAGCGCCCAAGGGAAAGGGCAAAGGAAAGAAGUAAACGAGUAAGCCGAUUUUAUAAUAUCGACCCCGCUUGUCAUGUUCUUGGUGUGCAUCUGACCUUUUUUUUCCUCUUGCCAAUCUUGCGUUUAUGCUUUAUUCCUCGGAGGAGAGAUUCAAUACUAUGAAGUACGUAGACAGGAGGGGCCGAGCAAUGUUGAUACGGUGAAAAUGGUGUUAAAGGAACUGAAGGUGGAGGCUGUUCUUUUUCCCACCAUAGAUUGGGCUGGAAAAGCCCCCAGGCGAGAUGUCGCUUAACUCGCUUGUGAUAUUUCUAGCGCGCACAAAGAAAGAAUCGGUUACAGGCCGGUAUCAGGCCGGUGUUGAUAUCAUCUGGCCCCAAAAAAGAAUCGAGCUGUCCCCUGGGGCCCAUAGCCUCAC